AUGGCCAAAACAAAGGAGCAAAAGGGCGUGCUACGUUGGAUCGCUGAAUCAUUCUUUUCUCAGCGGCAGCCGUGGAAGUCGCUGUCGCGGCUUCGACUCCGGCAGCAGCUGUUAAAAGGCGCUUAUUAUCCUUCGUGGGUCGCGAGUUCUUUCCCUCCGUCGUCCAUAGAGACAUCGCUCUUCACUCACAUCCUCUACGCUUUCCUCUCCCCAAGCAAUUCGACUUACAAGUUCGAAAUCUCAGACUCGACAGCCCCGCUGCUCUCGAACUUCACUGCCUCUCUCCGCCGGAAGAACCCGCCCGUGAAGACCCUUAUAUCCAUCGGCGGCGCGAGUGAUGGCCCUACUCUGUUUGCCACCAUUGCAUCGAGUGCUUCGACGCGGAAGCUCUUCAUAGACUCCUCCAUUGAGGUCGCGAGGAAGUACGGUUUUGAUGGGCUCGAUCUCGAUUGGGAAAUGCCCGAGAACCCGAAACAGAUGGCGGACUUGGGCUUGUUGUUCCAAGAGUGGCGGAGCACGAUAAAUAGGGAGGCCAAGGCCACGGCUCGGCCUCCGCUGCUUCUCACGGCGGCCGUAUACUUCGCCGUUGACUUCUUCCUCUCGGGAACGUAUCGCAUGUAUCCCGUGGCUUCGAUCAAUCAGAACUUGGACUUUAUCAACGCCAUGUGCUACGACUAUCACGGCUCCUGGGACACAUCGGCCACGGGGGCGCAAGCCGCAUUCUUCGACCCGAAUAGCAACAUCAGCUCAAACUAUGGCCUCAGGUCAUGGAUCAAGGCCGGGUUGCAGAGAAAGAAGUUGGUCAUGGGCUUGCCACUUUACGGAAGGACUUGGAAGCUCAAGGAUCCGAACGUUCAUGGCAUCGGUGCGCUGGCUGUCGGGCUCGGCCCGGGAGAUGAUGGCGUGCUCCUCUAUUCCCAAGUGGAGACGUUCAACAAGGAGAACAAUGCCACCGUGAAGUAUGAUGCGACCACUGUGUCGACCUACUCUUUCCAAGGGACGUCGUGGGUGGGGUACGACGGUGUUGUCUCGACGGCCACUAAGGUUCGGCUCGCUCAGGCCCUUGGGAUAAGAGGGUACUUCUUUUGGGCUCUCAGUUAUGACGAAGGAUGGAAGAUAUCGACCCAAGCUUCUAGGGCUUGGAUCUAUAGAAAAUGAAUUGGAAAUUGAAAGACAGUGCGGAGGCCUCACUGGAGCUUGGGACAGACUAAUGUCUAGUGGGAGCUCAACAUAGGACAGAACCUCCCUAUCAUAAUGCAUUUAGAAUCAUUAGUUUAAGUUUUAGGUAAUGUUGAUUAUGUCUAUUGAAAUAACGGAAUGGAUAGAGAGGAUAUAAUAAAUUGAUCUUAUGAAGAUUAUUCUGUAUAGUCAUUACGACUACGUGAAUGCACUUGUAAGGAUGACUAUCAUUCUGAUCUUAAGACAUCUUUGUAAAAUAAAACUAUUGAUCGAGCAACAGAACAUGUAUGUUAAAUGGCAUGGUAACGCUCAUGAUGGUCAAUUAAAAGUUCCGCGUUUCAGCUUAUCCGGUUGUUCAGUAAGCAACUUCCAGCAAAAAUGAUUAAUACAUGGCAUUUCUCGGUA